ACCCUGCCGCCUGAUCUCAAGAACCUCUCUGCUUUGACAGUUUUCGAGGUCAUGAACAAUCAGCUCACCGGAGCCAUCCCGAGUCUCGCGGGUUUGAGCUCAUUGCGGGAAGCCUAUUUUCGCAAGAACAGUUUCACUUCAUUCCCUGCUGAUUUCUUUGCGGGAUUGACUUCUUUACAGACUGUGGGUCUUGAUUACAACCCCUUUGCGCCUUGGGAGAUUCCGGCCAGUCUCAAGGAGGCCACCGCCUUGCAGAGUUUUUCCGCUGUCAGUGCUAAUCUCACUGGGACGAUCCCGGACAUCUUUGGCUCCGGUAGUUUUUCUAACCUGAUUGAUUUGCAUUUGUCCUUCAACGAGCUUGAGGGAGGACUGCCGGCUUCGUUUUCGGGUUCCAUGAUUCAGUCUUUGUGGCUAGAUGGGAUGAACCUCAACGGUUCGAUUCAAGUCUUGCAGAACAUGACUUCUUUAACUGAGGUCUGGUUGCAUGGAAAUUAUUUUACCGGUCCCUUGCCAAAUUUUUCGCAGUUAACCCACAUGGCAUAUUUGAGUUUGAGGGAUAACCAGUUUACUGGUGUUGUACCUAUGUCUUUGGUUGAUUUACAGUCCCUUUAUGUUGUCAAAUUGACAAAUAAUUUGCUUCAAGGCCCUACCCCUAAGUUUGCCGCUCCCUUUGUUGAUAAUGCUGGUACUAAUAGUUUCUGCUUGAGUGAUCCUGGUGCUAGUUGUGAUAAGCGUGUUAAUGUAUUGUUAUCUAUUGUGGAAGCUGUGAGUUACCCUGCUACUUUAGCUGCAAAUUGGAAAGGGAAUGAUCCCUGUAGUUCAUGGAGGGGGAUUACGUGCAAUUCUAAUGGGAACAUAACAGCAGUUAAUUUUAAGAACUUAGGGCUCUCCGGUACGAUUUCUUCUAAUUUCUCAAUGCUUACUUCCUUGAUAACUUUGGAUCUCUCCAAUAAUAAUCUCACUGGCACGAUACCAUCUGAGCUCACAAACCUGGCUAGUCUCAGUAAGCUGGAUGUUUCAAACAACAAUCUUUAUGGUAAAGUACCAACAUUCAAGCAAAAUCUGGAUGUCAUAACUGCUGGGAACCCGAACAUAGGAAAAGAUGCUCCUUCACCUGCUGCUUCUCCUGGCACACCUGAUAGUAGUGGUGGUGGUAGUCCUGCUAGCAGCCAAAAGAAAUCACAAACAGCGAAGGUUUCGGGUUCUGUGGUAGGUGCUAUUUGUGGAUUGGGUGCUGUUGGAAUGGGCAUCUUUUUGUAUGCUAGAAAACAAAAGCAUUCAAGUACGGUGCAAAGCCCCAAUACGGCAGUGAUACAUCACUUUCAUUCUGGUGAUCAAGAAGUGGUUAAGGUCAUAUCGACUCAAGUUUUGAGGACCGCCACCAAUAACUUUAGCGAGGAAAAUAUUUUGGGAAGAGGUGGUUUUGGUACAGUCUAUAGAGGAGAAUUGCGUAGUGGGACAAAGAUUGCCGUGAAAAGAAUGAAGUCAAGUAUUAUGAAUGAGAAGGCUUUGGCAGAGUUUAAGUCUGAGAUUGCAGUUCUUACGAAGGUUCGUCACCGCAAUUUAACUGCACUUCUUGGAUAUUGUCUGGACGGAAAUGAGAGGCUUCUUGUGUAUGAGUACAUGCCCCAAGGCACCCUCAGUAGGCAUCUAUUCAACUGGAAGGAGGAAGGUUUGAAACCACUUGAGUGGACUAGAAGACUUAUAAUUGCCUUGGAUGUGGCUAGAGGGCUUGAAUACCUUCACGGUCUUGCACGUCAGAGCUUCAUUUAUCGGGAUCUUAAGCCAUCCAAUAUUCUUCUUGGAGAUGAUAUGCAUGCCAAAAUAGCAGAUUUUGGCUUGGUUCGUCUGGUUCCAGAUGGAAAAUAUUCAGUUCAUACAAGGAUAGCGGGUACUUUUGGGUAUUUAGCUCCAGAAUAUGGAGGUAUCGUCUAACUUUUAGAUUUUCUAUUCUUUUCAUGCUUCACCCCAAUCCCCAUCAAGAAUUCCUCUGCCUAUCCACUUUGCUUAAAUGCCUUUCUUUC